AUGCAAAAUAACAUAAACACCACGGCGUGCUUGUACCUGACCUUCCCUUUUUCAGCCACCCACCUUCUGCCGCCCCACCGACACGCGGUGCUCAGCCGCUGCGGAGGUAGCUCGGUGGGGCCGCUGCCGCCCAAUUGGCGUCCCUCCUCCCGAGGGCAGAUCGUCUCCCGGGCGGCGGCCGCGGCCUUUUGGGGCAUCACGCUGGAAGACGGCGGUUCCGACCUGGGAGAUGACCAGGAGUAUUCCUCACAGCACUUCUACAAGCACAAGCACAAGCAGCAGCCACAAAGAGAGGCGCCCUUGGCUGCUCUACAUGCAGCCACGUCCGUGCCGUUGGCCGACCUCAAAGAGGCCUGUGCCAUCUUCGAGCGCUUCGCACAGGUGGACUCGGAGGAUAUCACGAACGCCAGCAUGGACAUGCGAGACUUCGAGUCACUUCUGUGCCACAUCACCGGAGUGCAGAAUGUGAAGGAGCUGGAGCAAGAGUUUGUGAAGCAAGCUUUCUAUGCUGCUGACAGGGACCACACGGGGGACAUUGAUAUUUUUGAGUUCGUCACCUGGUACUCGGCCUUUAGCUUCAGCGAGGCCGUGUGUGUGAACAAGUUCGCGCGCGAGACCAGGGAUGUGGCGCGGAAGCACGGCAUGAGCAUCCUCAACAUCGAACGCUACAAGAAGUCCUUUGACCGAUAUGACCUCAACAGCAAUGGCGUCAUCGAGUUUAGCGAGUUCAAGAACAUCAUUGGGGACCUUCUGAAGAUCCCACCGGGUCUUGAGAUGCCUCAAGAGCGCGUGAUGUCUAUGUGGCGGAGCGCCGACAAGGAUGGCAGUGGCUCUAUUGACUUCGAAGAAUUCGUGGCGUUUUAUGUGAAGGUCUUCGGAGAUACCUUCGAGACGGACUUCGAUCCGGUGGCCGACUACUACCGCAGCAUGCGGCGCAUGCCGGGUGCUGGUGAGUGA